CUUCCCGCGGAGGAUUUAACCGAUGCGAGAUUACAUUAAACUAAUCGACCCCGUAAUCUCUUUGCUAAUAUCUGUGGCAUGUUCUCCAAGCUACUCGAUCCAUCCAUCCCCACCAUCUCAAGUCGCGAUCUUGCAGCAGUUGAUGGAUUGGUUGCAGUACACAUAGGCAGAUCCGGACACGCGCCGCGAGCCCCUGAAGUUUCAAUUCGUUCGGGAAGCUACGGCGGCCGCGGGGUGAUGGAGACGCGGCGGCACCGGCGCGGGAGGAAGAAGCGCUUGCUCCUCCCGCUCUCGCUCCUCUGCCUCGUCGUGCUGCUCCCCGGCGCGCUGCUGGCGCCGUCCGCCUCGGCGUCGUCGUCGUCGUCGCCGGCGGCGGGUGGCGGCAGGAAGCGGCGGUGGGCGGAGUUCGACUACUACGUGCUGGCGCUGCAGUGGCCGGGCACCAUCUGCCGCCAGACCAGCAACUGCUGCGAGACCAAUGGCUGCUGCCGAUCGAAGCCUCUCAAGUGGUUCACAAUUCAUGGUCUGUGGCCACAGUAUAACUAUGGGGGAUGGCCAUCAUGCUGUAGACCCACCAGAUUCAACAUCAAUAAGAUCUUAAUGUUGAUGCCGAUACUAGAGAAGUACUGGCCAUCCUUGUACUGCGGCUCUUCUUCGACUUGCUUUGGUGGAAGGGGGCCAUUUUGGGUGCAUGAGUGGGAAACUCAUGGUACAUGUGCUUAUCCUGAAAUACAGGAUGAAUAUGACUACUUCUCCACUGCACUUUAUCUCUACAGCAAAUACAAUGUUACGAAAGCCCUGAGAAAAGCACACAUCCGACCUGCAAGUGGCAGAAAAUACGCCGUUGGACAUAUUGUUGCUGUCAUUGAGUAUGCAUUCGGAGCAAUGCCCUCACUUGUUUGUAAGAAUGGCUCGGUUCAAGAACUUAGGCUCUGCUUCCACAAGGAUUAUCAGCCUCGUGAUUGCACGUUCGAGACUGACAAGGCACCGAACAGCAGAAGCCAAUGCCCUCGCUACGUCACUUUCCCGUCGUACAAACCAUCCGUGCUGGCCAAUGCUACGGAGGGGAUCAGUGACCAAGCCAUUGGCGAGCUACACGCCUACGGCUGAUUAGAGUUCAGGCCCUGAAGGACUCUGAGUUCCGACGGGUACCGUGUUGAACAAAGUACAGAGAGCGAUGCCACGAUGUGUAAAGAAACCGCCUGCCCUGUUGGUUCUGUGUAAUUCUUUCAUGAUCCCGUAUGACAGGCCAUUGAGAUCUGGGAAUGUGAUGUGAAUGUAUCUGAAAUCUGAAUUGUUCCUCAUCUUCAGAGAGUCCCAGACGUUUUCUCCACGAAAAGUCUGUGCCAUUUGCGUGUUA